GAAGACAGUAAACUAGACGAGAGAGUUCGUAAAACCGAUACCAUGCGCUAAAUAACGGCCAACUAGUCACUGCGAUACUGAAUGUUCUAACAGAACGGAUAGUGCAGUGGUAUUGUUACAACAUAUUUUUCUGCAAAUAAGUGUUAAAAGAAUUAAUAACGGAACAUAAUAUUGUGAGCAGCAAAUUGAAGAAUAUGGAUGAUAUUACAGAAAGGACUAAAAGUCUUGCGGGAGAUCAGACGAUUGCGACAAAAAUGUUUAAAAUUCAUGUUGAUUAUUGAUAUGUGUGACCGGAGUAUGGAAAGCGAUUUACAGACUUCAAGCUUGGAGUCAUUGAGAAAUGGCCGUUUGCUGAAGUCACUGGAUCGUUCUCGGUUAAAGACUCAUUUGAAAUUUACGUUAAUGGAAAACUGUUAUACUCAAAGCUUGAAAAGAAAGUGUUUCCACCCGACUGACAGAUAUUCUCUGCUAUACAUAAUUCCAUACACGGCUCUAACUCCAAGAAGACAAAGGGCAGCACAACUAGCAUCUGUGUUCUUCUGUAGUAGGAAUAGGAAUAUCAUAGCAUAGAUAUACUAACAUUUUUAAUAAACAACUUGUCUAAUGUAUUGAUGUACCUUCGUAAUAUUCCACAAAACUAUAUUAGGUUAUGUAAGUUAUGUAAAGCAGUUGCAUGCAGUCUAAUUCACUUAAAUACGUGACAGAAAGCAGCAUAUUACCUGGACCAUUAUAUGCUCUCCAAGUCACAAGAAACGUUCCAUACAUUUUAAAUAAAUAAGAUAUUCAGCAGAACAAGCUAACCACAAGGAAUACGACAUCUACAUGGAAAGUCAACAAGUUUACUUUUUUGUACAUAAGUAUGUCUGUCGUCGGCUUGAAAUGAAUAUUGGAUACCUCAAGCUUCAAUAGAGGCAGGUUCCAUUACGAUGUGCCGCCAACGACAAACAUACUUCAUUAAUGUGUGUAUUAAAGAUAUUCGAAGGUAAAUUUAUUUAAGUAUUCGGAUAAUCGAAUUCAAUAUGACUCUUCGGGCAAAGUUCACGUAUAGGUUAAAGGUCACUAAUUCAAAUUUUUUCUUGUUCCAUAUAAAAAACGACCAGUUCAGAUCUGAUUUACAUACUCUUACAGAACAUCACUUUUUCCUACACCUACAACUAAUAUUCUAUGAAACUUCUAUCAAAAUGAAGGGGAAAAUAGAAAGAAAUUACGGGUUGAAUAGUUUCUAGUGAAAUGCCAGUCAGUGAUGGUCUGUUCACCGAAAAAAUAAUUGCUUUUCUCAUCACAAUAAACCAAUACUUGCGGUUUUGAUCUGCAAUGCCAAAAAAGUGCCAUCGUGUAGAAUGCAUUCUAUCGGUGAAAAAUGUGAUUUAAGCUCCCGUUCUUAACGAGAAUGCCCAAAAUGGAAAAACUUAGGGACUUAAUUCCACCACUGAAGCAUAUUUUGACCGAAUUACUGACAUUAUUAAUGUAAUAUUGAAAGCACCAUGGCCACGUCUGAAAAUAAAUUAUUACGGAAAAGUUCAGGUAAUACUCAUAAUAACGUUUACAAAAUCCCCGGUUAAAGCGCUUAUGUUCGAGAUAUUCUGCUUACUCCAUUCUCUAAUAUAUAAAACCAAAUUAUAUAUUUUACCGAAAAAAAAUAUAUAAAUAAUUUUCAUGUAGGCAUAAAAUAUUGUGAGAUAGUGGGAUUAUUUAUCCUUUGGACAAAUUAUCCUGUCUUAAGGAGCUUGUUCUAUCACGCUCCCUCACAAUGAUGAACAAGUCCAGGCCAGCUAUUAAACUA